CGUAGCGCCCUCGUAGCCAAAGUUGUGCAUCUUUAAAAUGACGUAACCUAAGAAACAUUUAAAUCCUUUUUUCACGUGAGGAACAAUUUUUCCACAAGUUUAGGUUUAAUAAAUUCAUAUUUUUAAGAUGACAUGAAUAUUCUCACACAUAAUUAGAAUUUAUGCAACUAGCUUUAUCGACUGUUUAUGUACCUACUUAGAUUACAAUGUCCAAACUAUUAUUAAGUCGCUUCAAUUCCUCUCAUUUAAGACAAACUGUCUUCAAUUCCAUACAUAAGAAAUAUGACAAAGUUCGAAUUCAAAAACCAUAUUUAGUAGACAACAGUAAGCAAAAAUCUGCUGUUGCAGCAGUAGAUGUACCAGUUGAUUGUGAUGAUGGACUUUCCAAAAAAUAUUCUAAGCAAUUAUGGAAACCCACACCAUCAACCGAAGAAACAAGCUUGUUUCAACAGUACCUGAAAUUAUCCAAAAUAAAACUCACAACUCUGGUAGUAGUUACCUCAAUGGCAGGAUAUGCAGUUGCCCCUGCUCCUUUCGACUGGAGUACUUUUGGAUUAUGUAUAGCAGGAACAGGGCUAUUGUCAUCUGCUGCGAAUGCAGUUAAUCAAUUUCAUGAAACUCCUUUUGAUGCACAAAUGUCCAGAACUAAAAAUAGGGUUAUAGUUUCUGGAAAAAUAACGCCCUUGCAUGCAAUGGGAUUUGCCACCGUUGCAAGUAUAGGUGGAAUCAGUAUUCUAUAUUUCGGCGUGAAUGGUCUAACUGCUGCUUUAGGAUUUUCUAAUUUACUUUUAUACACUGCCGUUUAUACUCCCAUGAAGAGAAUUAGUAUUGUGAACACAUGGGUAGGGUCUGUUGUUGGGUCUAUACCCCCACUAAUGGGCUGGGCUGCCUGUGCUGGGACUCUGGGUCCAGGGGCUUGGCUAAUGGCAGCAUUGCUUUAUUCUUGGCAAUUUCCUCACUUCAAUGCUCUUUCUUGGAAUCUUAGACCAGAUUAUUCUAGAGCUGGCUACAGAAUGAUGGCUGUUACAGAUCCAGGUCUAUGUAAAAGAGUUACUUUGAGGCAUACAUUAGCAAUUCAAGGAUUGUGUGUCCUUGCUCCAAUACUAGACACAACAAAUUGGUGGUUCCUUCUAGAAUCAACACCACUUAAUGCCUAUUUUAUUUAUUUAGCAUAUAAAUUCUACAAGGAUUCUUCAAGUUCUACUUCAAGGAAUUUGUUCAAGUACUCUCUUCUACAUCUACCGCUCGUUAUGUUUCUAUUCUUAAUAAACAAAAAAAAGUGGUUUGUUUUCGAGGACACUGAAACUGAAGAAAUAACAGGUAAUUCAACUGAAAAAUAGAUGAUCCUAUUUAAUUUUAUCCAAUGUCACUUUGGAGAAGAUUCAAGAAUUGGGAUGGUUUUCAAUCAAAUUUUGUUGUCAUCAUUUAUUUUUAAUUUCAAAUUGAUUCUUAUACACUCUAAAUACAGAUAAAAACAUUGUGAAAUUUGAAUAUAACUUGAAAUGUGAUACCUCUUACUUCAAACAAGGUUUAGUUUUUUUUUGCUCAUAUUGUAAUAUUAAGAUAAUUCUUUAUUUAUAUAAUAAUAUUUAUUGAAAUGUGUAUUCACAUUUGAAGUUAUUUUGAAUAAAAUUUAAUUCUGCAUAAAUAAGAGACUACUUUGUUGCAAAAAAAUUUGAUUUUUGUGAUGAGUGUCAUGUAAUGAAUAAAGACUGCUGGAAAAAAUAAAAGAAAUAUCAAGUAUUAA